ACAGACACCAUGGUGGGCUCCUUGGUGCUGGUUUGGAUUUUUAUCUGCCUCGUCUUCCUCUUCAUCAGGAUCCAGAGACCCAAGAACUUCCCUCCGGGACCCCGACCUGUGCCUAUAUUCGGGAACCUGUUCCAGCUCAACAUUACCAAUCCUCUGAAGGACUUUGAUAAGUUUGCUGAGCGCUAUGGGAAUGUGUACAGCCUGUAUUUUGGAGGAAGACCAGCAGUAAUUCUAAAUGGGUUUAAGGCUGUGAAGGAAGCUCUGGUGACCAAGGCUGCAGACUUUUCAGGACGCCCACAAAACAUCCUGAUCAGUGAUGUAACAAAAGGGAAAGGUGUCAUAUUUGUUGACUACAAUUCUGAGUGGAAGGAGCAUCGGCGCUUUGCUCUCACCACUCUGAGGAACUUCGGCAUGGGGAAGCAGUCCAUGGAGGAGAGGAUUCUGGGAGAGACUGAACACCUUGUUGAAUGCUUGGAAAAAAGUGUUGGAGGCACCAUGGAUCCUCAGACCUUCUUUCACAAUGCUACAUCAAAUAUCAUCUACCUGGUUUUAUUUGGCACUCGAUACAACUAUGGAGAUGAAACACUUAAUAUGUAUAUUAAGCGCAUCACUGAGACUACAAAGAUUGCCAAUGGACCCUGGGGAAUGAUAUAUGAUACAUUCCCCUUUUUGAGAGGGCUACCCCUUCCCUUUAAGAAGGCUGUAGCAAAUUUUGAGGUGCUUAAAAUGAUCACAUCGAAAAUGAUCGACAAAUACAAGCCGUCAAGAGUGCAGGGAGAGCAGGAGAACUUUGUUGGCUGUUACCUGGAUGAGCUCGAUAAGAGAGGAAAUGAUGGAUCCUCCUUUAAUGAGGGACAACUUGCAAGAUACAUUGUGGAUCUCCACGCUGCUGGAACAGAUACCACCUCCAACACCCUCCUUACAGCCUUCCUGUACCUCAUCACACAUCCAGACAUUCAAGGUUUGAACUUCAAUAUGAAAUCAUUGGCACUGCUAAUAGUCAUUAAGCUGACAUUUUGGACUAUAUUUUAUAAUUUAAUGGACAGAAAUGGCAUAAGAGUAUCAUUUUAUUUUGUAUUUUUCUUUUUAGAGGGAUGUCAGCAGGAGAUUGACGAGGUUCUGGAGGGUAAAGCUCAUGUAUCUUUUGAGGACAGACAGAAGAUGCCAUAUGUGCAGGCUGUGAUGCAUGAGUCUCAGCGUUUUGGCAGUACUGUUCCGCUUAGUGUACCACACUGCACCACCAGGGAUACUGAACUGAUGGGCUACAGCAUCCCUAAGGGUACUGUCAUUUACCCCAACCUUUACUCUGUGCUAAAUGAGGAGAGCCAGUGGAAGUUUCCUCACAAGUUCAAUCCUGCUAACUUCUUGAAUGAGAAGGGCCAGUUUGAGAAGCCUGAGGCCUUCAUGCCCUUUUCUGUUGGACCUCGUUCAUGUCUUGGUGAGAGUUUGGCUCGGAUGGAGCUCUUUCUCAUCUUGGUCACUCUGCUGCGCCGCUUCCAGUUCUUCUGGCCUGAAGAUGCAGGAGAACCGGACUUCACUCCUGUAUAUGGAAUCACGCUCACACCAAAACCCUACAGGAUGGGAAUCAGACUGAGACAACCAGUUAGAUAAAUGGAGAACAUGACUGCAAAUGUGUGUAACUGUGUUUUUUUGUAAUUAAUGGUAGAUUAAGUGGAUACAUUUGAAUAUAUAAUAAACAAAUAAGCCAAUAAAUGAAUAAAAUAUAAAUAUUCGUGUUUAGAGCUUUUGUAAUAUUGUCUACAUUACUGUACAGUACAUGUAAAGCACUGUUAGUAGAAUUAAAUGUGAACUACAUGUGAAUCACCUCAUAAAUGCUGUCUUUAUCGCACAAUAAAAAGACCUUACAAAGAAAUAUUCA